UGGGCGCGCGGGGCGGCGGGGAUCCGGCUGGAACCGGUUGGGCCGCGUCCGGCUCUAUAUAAAACUUUAUAAACACCCGAUUCCAAUUAGUGGGGUCGGGAGCAGCGCAGCCCGCCGGGUGCAGCCCCGCGCUCCGCUCCGCUCCGCUCCGCACCGCUCCGCUCCGCUCCGCAGCGCGCCCGGCUCCCGCUCCCCCGCCUCCCUCCCUCCGCCCCCUCACGCCGCGCGGCGCGCUCCGCUCUCCCCCUCACACACACACACUCACACACACACGCUCGCACACGCGGAGCCAUGCCGAAGAGAAAGGCUGAAGGAGAGACCAAGGGCGAUAAGGCCAAAGUUAAGGAUGAGCCACAGCGGAGAUCAGCGAGGUUAUCUGCUAAGCCCGCUCCUCCCAAGCCAGAGCCCAAACCUAAAAAAGCAGCUCCAAAGAAGAGCGAGAAGGUGCCCAAGGGGAAGAAAGGAAAAGCUGAUGCUGGCAAGGAGGGAAACAACCCUGCAGAAAAUGGAGAUGCCAAAACAGACCAGGCACAGAAAGCUGAAGGUGCUGGUGAAGCCAAGUGAAACGUGUGAAUUUUUGAUAACUGUGUACUUCUGGUGACUGUACAGUUUGAAAUACUAUUUUUUAUCAAGUUUUAUAACAAUGCAGAAUUUUGGUUUACUUUUUUUUAAGCUAUGUUGUUAGCACACAGACCGCUUCAUUGUUGUGUUCUGGGGGGGUGGGGGGCAAUGGGGACAAAUGUCAUUUAGUCUAUUUCUCAAAACCUAAAUUUUAAUAAGAAAAGCUUUUGCCAGUCCCCCAGUUUUUGGAAGAAGGGCCCUUCCUGCAGGGAGGAAGAAGGGAUUCCCCCUUGCUGCCUGUCAGUUUUGUCCAGGUGAACAUCAGAGCUCCCAAGAUGCUGUUGCCUGCUCCAAAUCCCAGUGCCACCAGUUGUCCUUUGGCGUCCCCUGCUCACCCAGUCACUCCAAACCACAGCAGAACAUUCUGGGGACAUCCCUGUCAAAUGAUCCGGGUUUCUGGUGGCCAGUCUGGGAUGCACUGGCUCAAAAAGGAGCUGCACUUCCUCUUGUCUCUCGUGGACCCUCAGAUACAGAAAGCUGCCUCUCAAGGUGGUUCUGCUCUCAAAGUCAGGGUGGGUUUGUGCAGAGUUGUCAGACAACGCGCGCGUGUGCACCUGGCCACCCUCACUCUAAACUUUGCCCUCUGCCAGUGCAAGCUGAAGAUUCUUAGGGUUUUUUAGCAACUUCUCCAUGUCAGUAGUCCACAACGGGAGGGGAGUUUGACAGUUGUUGUAAAGUGUUGCGGAUUGUAGCCCAUGUCCUGCCUCAAUGACCAUGAUUGUUCAUGAAAAGUACCUUUAAUAAAGCUGGAUACGGUUUGGCUUGGACUGUU